GGCAUCUACCACAGAAACUUCAAAUUCAAUGACUACGGAUUCUUUAGGAGCGUUAAAUACAGGAAAUUCAGAUACUCCCACUAUAGAUCCUUCAUCAUCAACCACAGAAAAUCCUUCAGAUAUCACUACUCCGAGUGAAGGACCGUCUUCAACAGAAUCUCCAGGUUCAAGUAGUACAGAUUUGUCAGGAAUGUCCACUACCGAAAAUUCGAAUAAAUCUACAAUGGAUUCUUCAGUAACAACUACACAAAAUCCUUCAGAUACCACUACACAAAGUGCAGGAUCAUGUACUUCGUGUUUGGAUUCAUCUACUACCGAUUCAUCAGGAAUAUCUAGUACAAAAAAUUCAGAUACAUCGACAAUAGAUCCUUCAGCAUCAACAACCGGAAAUCCUUCAGAGACCACUACUUCGAUUAAAGGAUCGUCUACAACGGAAUCUCCAGAUUCUACUACCGAUUCCUCAGGAAUGUCCACUACGGAAAAUUCAGAUACAACGACUUUGGUUCCUUCGACAACACCAACUCAAAACCCUUCAGGUACCACUUCUCAAGUUGCAGGAUCAUCUACUACAGAAUGUUUGGAUUCGUCUCCUACAGAUUCGCCAGGAAUGUCUACUACGGACAUUGGAGAUACAUCUACAGCGGAUCCUUUAGCAACAACCACGGAAAAUCCUUCGGAGACCACUACCAAAGUCGCAGGAUCAUCUACUACAGAAUCUUCAGGAAUGUCUACUACAGAUACUUCAGAUAUAUCUACUGUUGAUAAUUCAUUGUCAACAACAGGAAAUCCUAUAGAUACCACGGUCCCAGGUGCAGGGUCUACCACUGAAUCUCCAAAUUCAGCUACUACAGAUUCUUCAGGAAUGCCUACUACACAAAAUUCUGAUACAUCUACUACAGAUCCUUCAGCAUCAACCACAGAGAAUUCAUGUACUUCAUGUUUGGAUUCAUCUACUACCGAUCCUUCAGGAACGUCUUCUAUAGACGGCUCAGUGUCAUCGACAGAGCCUGCUUCUCAGACAACAACUCAAGAGCCUACUCUCACGACAAAAAAGAAAGGGUCGCUAAUUAACAUUGGAAUAAACCUCGGACGAAAACGAACUACUGAAUCGUCUUCAGUAUCAUAUAAUCCGUAAUUUUCAGA